UCGUUAUCCAGCUGACGGCGGACAAAAUGACAUUGAGAUUUUUUGAAUCUGAACAACGGUUUUUAUACAAUUGGCGCCAUAUUCAAAUGGCAUGCCAGGUGGCGCCAAUACUUCUAAUAUGGGCGCGCAAAGCUCAUUGAUAUUACACUUCCCUCUUUGAGGGCGACGUCAUGCUCUAACCUCACAAUUUUUUUAGCGCCAAAAGUGUUCUUGUUCUUCUUUGUGGAAGGGCAAAAAAACAGAAGAAAAUCUUUAAAAAAAAAUGCAUGAAAUAGUUAAAAGAGCGCGGGGAAAAGAAGUUGGAGACUCCAUGAGACAUGAGAAUAACAAAAAUUUGGCGCGAAUGCAAAAACACCCCGUCAAAAAUGGCGUCGACUUUGAAGAAAAUAAAUGCAGACUCAGCAGAAAAAUUCGACAGAAGAUCGUGGAAAGAAAAGAACAAAAAUUUCUGAAAUGAAUGUGAAUAUUGUGGUAAUUUUGGUGUUAUUUGUGGAAAUUUGGGGACAAGAUGAGACAAUUUCCAGCUGGGAGGACUACAAAAGGAUUUUCAAUCGAACGUAUCGAAGGCCUUUUCGCGAGAGGCGCUCCCGAAAGGCUUUUGGUGCCAAUUUGGAACUUGUUAAUGCUCACAAUCGUGCAUUCAGCAACAAUGAAACAACAUUCAGAAUGGCCAUAAAUCAAUUGGCUGAUCUUAGUUCCCAUGAAUAUCUUGUGAGAUACAUUCGAAUGACAUCAAAUGAAGUUCCGGAAGAUGAAUUGAGGGAGCAUGUGGCAUCAUUUGGGCAUCAACCAGACAUUCCGGAUGCAAUUGAUUGGCGCCAAGAAGGAUUCAAUACACCUCCGGACAAUCAGAAAUCUUGCGGUUCAUGCUAUGCCUUCAGCAUUGUCCACAGUAUCGAAGGACAAAUCUUCAAAAGAACGUCUAAACUCAUUUCAUUGAGUGAGCAACAAAUUGUGGAUUGUAGCGGUGGCGCUGGGAAUCAUGGAUGUGCUGGAGGUUCUCUGCGGAAUACACUGCGCUACUUGGUGUCAUGUGGUGGACUUAUGCGACAGCAGGACUACCCGUAUACCGCCAGCGAAGGCAAAUGUCACUUCUUGGCGCCACUAUCUGUGGUAAAUGUCAGCAAUUGGGCCAUUUUGCCCAGUGGCAGUGAAAUGGCACUGGCUGUUGCUGUUGCAACUGUCGGACCAAUUGCUGUCAGUAUCAAUGCAUCACCGAAGAGUUUUCAGCUGUACGGUGAUGGUAUCUACGAUGAUCGUCAAUGUUCGGCCAAUUCCGUCAAUCAUGCGAUGCUCAUUGUCGGCUACACGCCCAAUUACUGGAUCCUCAAGAAUUGGUGGGGAGAACGAUGGGGAGAACAUGGCUACAUGCGAUUGCAGCGCCAUCGAAAUCUCUGCGGAGUAGCUAAUUAUGCAGCAUACGCCAUUGUUUAAAAACUUUUCACUCGCUCACUCAUAAUUACAAAACAAAAAUUCCAGUACCCAGCGAGCACCAAAUGCUAAGCUUUUUCAAAUCAGCUUUAAAAAUAUAUAUUUUCAGCUGAGUUUUGCUGACCUUGAAGUUACACUAGCGAUCGCAGCGGUGAUUAGUCAAAGUUAUUCUUUUUCCCCAAAUCGAGUGAGAGACUUUAAUGCACUUGGUUUUUGUCUUUGCUGAGUUUGCCGGAAUUGAGUAGAAGCUAAGGUUAACCCUUUUCAUUAUUACAAUUUUAUGAUUCUUACAAUAACCACAUUUGACAUUAAAAAAUAAAGCAAAAAAUUUAAAAUUCACAAAAAUUUAAAAAAAAUCAUAUUUAUAAUAUCGCUCCUUGGAAAUUACAAGGGGCCAACUCAAUCUGAGCCAUUUUUCAUGAGACAGCAUGAAUGAUUCAACUUUGUAUAAAUAAUUAUCUCAAUUAAGUAUGUUAAUAAAAUUAAUUUAAUUCUUUCCUAUUUGUAUGAGCAUUAUUAUAAACAUCGAAACAUACAUAUUUUUACCUUUCAAAAUAUGACACGGGAUCAACUUGCUUGAGUUAGUCCCUUGUUUCACAAAAAUUUGAACGAUAAAUUUAUUUUGUGCCCCUUGAUUUCAAAUAAAACCGCGCAAGCAAUAAUAAAGAGUAAAAUUUUGAUAAACUUUUCUAA